AUGGUAACGGAAUGUUAUCAACAUUUAUAUAAACCUAACGAUGAAGUGGAUUCUUAUUAUGAGACUCUUAGUCAAAAGCCUUUGGAUAAUACGGGCUUUCAGCGUAAUACAGCAGUUUAUUGGACUUUGCAAAAUCGUAGGCCUGUUAAGCCACAACCCCAAUCGGCCACAAGUCGUGAUGAUUUGUAUGCUACACCCAUUAAAAGGUCCGAAAGAUUGGCUCGUGCUCAACAGCAGCAGCAACAGUUGCCACAACAUCAGCAGCAGCCAGAAAACCAACAGCCGCAGCAGUAUGUCAUGAUUAAUAAAGCUAAUUCUGCUAGUUCUCUCAAUACCACAUCAAGUCUCUCGCCGGUGGUUCAGCGUAAUCGUUCGACAUUUUUAUGUUCUACUCCUUUGAGAGCGGGUGGCAAUAGUGAUUCUCAAUUACCGGCUGAUAAUAUACCAGCCAAACAGCCCACUUCACGUUUACGCAAUUGGGAUGAUAAUUCUCCCGAACGUUUGAAUACUUGUGCCGAUCGCAUUGGCCAAAGCAAGACCAGUCUAAUGGACUUUAAAAAAUUACUAUUGGCCAAAUCGGUUAAGACUAGCACUGUGCCCAAGAAAAUAUCUGCCGUAGAAUUGUUAAAGAAAUCCAACAGCGGCCUGCAGUCACCUACUAAAACGACCGCUAAUAAUGCCACAAGCAGCAAUACAAACGGCUCAACGGCUGCACAGCAAUUAAAUUCUAGCAUGAAAUUAUUAGAUUUAAGUGGUUCGCCAAAAACAUUUGCCAAUCGUAGAAUGCUAAGACAAGGACAAUUUGGUUCUCCUUCCAAGACAUUUGUGCCCAAAAUGAAAUCAUCACCAGCCAACAAUUGGCGCUCAAAUUCUGUGCAACGUACCGACAUAAUGUCCACCACCAUACCAGAGGCCAAUAGUGAAGAAGAUCACAAUUCAGCCAAUUCUUCUCUUAACUCUUCCACAAAUUCUUCCACACCUUCUUCUCAUCCCGAUAAAAAUGCUUCCCAUGAAAGUCUCGUUGAUACGGAGAGUUUAAAUUUGAAACGCAACAUUUUCUUGCAAACCGAAGAGAAUAAUUUUAUGCGCGGUGAAUUGAGAUCAAGUUUUUCCGCACGCAACAAAGCCGACAGCAAUAAAUACGUCACCGGGCCCUUGUCACCCUUGCGCAGUACAGCCCAAGUUUCACCCAUAUUAACAACAGGCUCGGCCUCUAACUCAACUACAAAUACUGCUACUGCAGCCGCAGCGCUGCCAACAGCAGCUGUAGCUGCUUCUAUAACAAAUAUGCCAGCUUUAGAAACCGCAUUAUAAAUCACUCUUGAUUCGUUCGAAAUAAAUUCGAAAUCUCUCUAGUAAACAGCCAGUAAACAUUUAUAGCAUUUAUAUUAAAAACAAAAAUCAAUAAUUGAAACAAAAAUUCUAUUACGGUAAAACAGCAAUUUGAAAAUUAAGACAAAAAUUAUAAAUUAUAGCAAAACAAUCAAAUUAUAUACACAAAACUAUAAUUAAACAAAAAAAAAAAACUAGUUAGCUUUUUUCGCUUUUAAUUAAAUAUUUUUGUUUUUUAAUUAAAAAAAAAAAACUAUUAAAAAAAAAAAAUAUAUAGAAAAACAGUUUAUGGGGAAAAGCUAUAAGAAAAAGAUGAUAAAUUUUGUAAAAUUUAAACAUAAUUUUAUUUUUGAAAAAUAUGUAUUUCGAAAAUAAAAUUGUUUGCUUUUUAAAUGUUUGUAAUCUCUUAAUAGUGGCACUUUGUAACAGAUCAGAUCAUUUCAAUUUUAAGUUGUAUUUUUAAAAUAUUUUAAUGAAAUAUUUCUUAAAAGUUUUUUAAAAUCAAUUUUUUUUAAUUAAAUUUUAAAAUAGAGAGAUUUUAACAAAACAUUUGUUAAAAAUCUUUAAUAGAACCAAGUAAAAUUUUCUGUCAAUUAAACAAAUAUAAAUUGACAAUAUUUUUUAAACAAAAUUUUUUGCAAAUUUAUCCUCUUUUGGUCCCCCCUGGCAAUUAAAAUCAACAAAAUGUUAGAUAUUCCUUAUUAGGAAACCAUUUUUUUUAAUACAAAUAUCAUAAUCAUAGCUUAUUUUAAUAUUAUACAUAAAAAAUAUUGUUUAAAAAAUUAAAUUAUUAUAAGUUGUACAUUUGUUUAAGUAUUUUUUUCGCAACUAUUUUUAAAAUCAAUUAAUUAUGAGGCCUAUUUAUUGCAUUAUUUACUAAGUUUGAGUUUUUUUUCUGUAAAUUAUCUUUAUUUUUCUUAAAAUUAACAACAAAGUCUUUAUAGUUGUUUCGAAAUUAAAAUAUUUAAUUUACUUUUACUUACACUUACAUUUUACUAUAUAAUCAGUAUAAACAAUUUGUUCAAAAACUAUUCAGAUACACAAUAAUUUAAUUUUAUUUUCAGCUAUUAUUUAUUUGUUUAAUUUAAACUUAUAUUUGUUUAAUGUUUCUUCUUUUUUCUUUAUUAAUUUUCAAAUAGUUUUUUUUUUAUUAAUUAAUAAUAUUGUUUUAAGGAUUUAACAUAAAAGUAAUAAGCAUUUAAAAGCAAAACAAACAAGCAAAACGAGAAGCAAAUAAACGAAAUAAAUAAAAAUAAAAUAAACAAAAUCAUGUUGUUUUAAUUCAAUAAAAAAAUCUUUAAUUUUUAAUAAAUUUAACAUUACAUACUUUCCUUCAAAUUUAAAUUUUAGCAUUUUUCUUUCAUUAGCGAUUUUUAGCCUUCACGGCAACAAUGACUGCAAAUGUGGGGAUUUGUUCCCAAAUUGGGGAUUUCAUGUUU